GAUUUUGGAGGAAGAAGAUGAAAAAGGUAUCUCUCUGCUCCUCCUCCUCCUUUUUCCCGUCUUAGUUUUGAGCUCUGAUCAAUUCCUCCCUUUCGUCGUCAUUAGCUCAUGCCAUCCCUCCUCCAGUCCUCCUUAUGGUAUAGUUGGUGAUGGAUAUAUCAUCAACGCUUCUAGCUUACUCAGCUCCCGCUUGGGCAAGCUUUAUGGCCGGUGCUUUUUUGAUUCUCACCCUCUCCCUUUCCUUGUAUCUUGUCUUCGAUCACCUUUCUACUUACAAGAACCCUGAGGAGCAAAUGUUUUUGAUUGGAGUCAUCCUCAUGGUCCCUUGCUAUUCAAUUGAGUCUUUUGCAUCACUUGUCAACCCAUCCAUCAGCGUUGAUUGUGGCAUCCUACGUGACUGCUAUGAAUCCUUUGCCAUGUACUGUUUUGGUCGCUACCUUGUUGCCUGCUUAGGUGGGGAAGAUAGGACCAUUGAGUUUAUGCAACGACAAGGCCGCAAGAGCUUUAAGACUCCCCUCUUACUAGAUCACAAUGACGAUAAGGGAACUAUUAAACAUCCUUUCCCUAUGAAUCUUUUCUUAAAACCCUGGAGGCUCAGUCACUGGUUCUAUCAAGUUGUUAAGUUUGGUAUCGUUCAAUAUAUGAUUAUAAAGUCUCUCACUGCCCUCACUGCCCUCAUUCUUGAAGCCUUCGGUGUCUACUGUGAAGGAGAGUUUAAAUGGGAUUGUGGGUACCCUUACUUGGCAGUUGUUCUAAAUUUUAGCCAGUCAUGGGCACUAUACUGUCUGGUUCAGUUCUAUGGUGCAACAAAAGAUGAGCUUGCCCACAUAAAGCCCCUUGCCAAGUUUCUAACAUUCAAGUCAAUCGUGUUCUUGACUUGGUGGCAAGGUGUUGCCAUUGCUCUUCUCUCUUCCCUCGGUUUGUUCAAAAGUUCCAUUGCACAGAGCUUGCAGCUGAAGACUAGUGUUCAAGAUUUCAUCAUUUGCAUUGAGAUGGGUAUUGCUUCGGUUGUUCACCUGUAUGUCUUCCCAGCAAAACCCUACGGUCUACUGGGAGAUCGCUUUACUGGAUCGGUAUCAGUUCUGGGGGAUUAUGCAUCGGUCGACUGUCCUAUUGAUCCAGAUGAGAUUAGAGACAGUGAGAGACGAACAAAGGUCCGCCUGCCACAUCCUGACGUUGAUAUCAGAAGUUGUAUGACCAUCAAAGAAAGCAUGAGAGAUGUGUUCGUUGGUGGAGGUGAAUACAUUGUGAAAGACGUGAGGUUCACAGUGACUCAAGCAGUAGAGCCUAUGGAGAAGAGCAUCACAAAGUUCAAUGAGAAACUGCACAAGAUCUCGCAGAACAUAAAGAAACACGAUAAGGACAAGAGAAGAGUAAAAGAUGACAGUUGCAUGUCAUCAUCAUCAUCUAGUCGGCGAGUGAUUCCCGGGAUCGAUGAUCCGCUUUUGAAUGGGAGUUUUUAGUGACAGUGGAGUU